CUUUCAGGAUCGCGCCUUCGGCAGGAAGAUUUCCCGCCCCGGAUUGUGGAACACCCGUCUGAUCUGAUCGUGUCCAAGGGGGAGCCUGCCACUCUGAACUGCAAGGCCGAGGGCAGACCGAAUCCCACCGUUGAGUGGUACAAGGACGGGGAGCGGGUGGAGACGGACAAGGACGACGCCCGCUCUCACCGUAUGCUGCUACCCAGCGGCUCCUUGUUCUUCCUGCGCAUUGUCCACGGCCGGAGGAGCAAACCUGACGAGGGAAGCUACGUCUGUGUGGCCAGGAACUACCUGGGGGAGGCCGUCAGUCACAACGCCUCAUUGGAGGUGGCCUGUGAGUACAUUCCCUUUGAUGUGCUGUUUACAGAUAUGGCUGCUCCUGGUUUUCCUUCAUUGGCGUUCUCAAUGGACAUUCAACCCUGUUGUUAUCGCCAAUAA